AUGGCCUCGCUUCAGGAUGCCAUGCAUCGUGCGGUCCGGCUCUUGCAUCGAUUCCCAUCGGAGAAGUUCAUGGUAAUGGUGAGCAAUCCAUGGCUGGCACGAGUAGUUGCUUGCUACAUGUCAGCAUCGGGGUCACGUCGAGUCGCCCCCAUUCAUGAGCAACUGUCUCCUGCUCUCUGGGGACAGGCCCUCUCCAUUUUCCAGGAGGAAGGGGUCCUUGCCUCGACGUUUCUUCCUCCGGCUGUACUCCCCGUCGAGGGAGUAGCAGCAAUCCUCUUACUGGAGCCUCCUCCUCGGGGGUAUUUGGAUCAUCUGAUUAGGAUUUCCGCCGAGGGCCAUCCAGUUGGGAUCUUCUUACUCUACUGAGUUCUUCUUAGUAUUUCUCCCUAUUCUCCUACACGCCUUCCAUCCGUG